UUUCCCCUCCGGUCUCCCUCCUGGAGCAGGCGGCUGGCGGGAUUACCGGAAGUGAUGAUGCAGGAGGCAAUGGAGGGGGCGGGGUUUCGAGACGGCAGCAGCCGGUGGGCCGCAGAUGAAGAGGAGGCGGUGGCAGUGGUGGAAGAAGAGGCGGCGGCGGCGGGGGUAGGGAGCCUGGAAACGCGAGCGGGGAUGGUAGGUGGUUUGGAUCCGCCGGGCCGCCGUCGUUUCCAGAAAGGGUUUGACUGGAGGAACCUCUGGAGCAGCUAUACUACAAAUUGAAUAUUAUUGGACUAUAAGAAGUGAACUCAGCUCAAUAUGAAAAUGGCAUUUCCAGAAUGUGCUAUAUUGUUGAACUUCACAAGUGCAUAAGAUCUCUCUAAAGUGAAGGAGUUGGCUGGCUCCUCUGGCUGAUGGCAUGUUGAGGUAUAUGGGCCAGUGGCAGCGAGGGCAUCCAAUCCAGAGGGGGCCGCUCUAGAAGCCAGGCCACCACCACCAUGGGCCAGUGUGUCACCAAGUGCAAGAAUCCCUCAUCGACCCUGGGCAGCAAGAAUGGAGACCGGGACUCUAGCAGCAAGUCACACAGUAGGCGAGGGGCAGGCCACCGGGAGGAACAGGUGCCACCCUGUGGCAAGCCAGGUGGAGAUAUUCUUGUCAAUGGGACCAAGAAUGCUGAGGCUAUCACUGAGGCCUGCCAGCUGCCAACGUCCUCGGGAGACGCUGGGAGGGAGUCCAAGUCCAAUGCUGAGGAGUCCUCCUUGCAGAGGUUGGAGGAACUGUUCAGGCGCUACAAGGACGAGCGGGAGGAUGCAAUUUUGGAGGAAGGCAUGGAGCGCUUUUGCAAUGACUUAUGUGUCGACCCCACAGAAUUUCGUGUGCUGCUCUUGGCUUGGAAGUUCCAGGCUGCUACCAUGUGCAAAUUCACCAGGAAGGAGUUUUUUGAUGGCUGCAAAGCAAUAAGUGCAGACAGCAUUGAUGGGAUCUGUGCACGGUUCCCUAGCCUCUUGACUGAAGCCAAACAAGAGGAUAAAUUCAAGGAUCUCUACCGGUUUACAUUUCAGUUUGGCCUGGACUCUGAAGAAGGGCAGCGGUCACUGCAUCGAGAAAUAGCCAUUGCCCUGUGGAAACUAGUCUUUACCCAGAACAAUCCUCCAGUGUUGGACCAGUGGCUAAACUUCUUAACAGAGAACCCUUCGGGGAUCAAGGGCAUUUCCCGGGACACUUGGAACAUGUUCCUUAACUUCACUCAGGUGAUUGGUCCUGACCUCAGCAACUACAGUGAAGAUGAGGCCUGGCCAAGUCUCUUCGAUACCUUUGUGGAGUGGGAAAUGGAACGAAGGAAAAAAGAAGGGGAAGGGAGAGGUGCACUCAGCUCAGGGCCCGAGGGCUUGUGUCCCGAGGAGCAAACUUAGUGGCUCUGUCGCAGGGCAGCAGCAGGGAUCUGCCCACUGCCCUGCAGCGAAGCAAGGAGUUGGACCUUUGAGGAAAUUACUGAAGAUCCGGAUAUUUUCUACUUCACACCUUUCUCUGCCUUGUAUCUGAAAGGGCUCUAAAAUGCUGUAUCAUGUUUUAGGCACUUUCUUCAUUUUUUGGUUAUUUUGGUUGUUUCUUUUGGGAGGUAUCCCUCAAAAUAUUUGAACCUGACUACAUGUGCUUUUUUUUCCCUCUCUCUCUUUUUUUUUUUUUUUUUUCUUUUUGAAGCCUUCAGCUAGAAUAAGCCUGCCAUUUCUUGCACAAAAUCUUUUUUCCUUUUCUUUGCUUUUUGGUGGAGGAGGAUGUAGAGCCAGUUGGGGAGAAUUGGACUGUUAGAUUGACUUAAAGUUACAAAAUGAUACAGUGCCAGAUCUCAGUUUGCAUAUUGUUUUUCAGGGCAGGUCUGUACUGUGUGUAGUGCUGUUUACAUGGUUGAGUUUAGGUUAUUGUAAUUAUUUUUAAAGAUUUACACAGAUUUGAAUAGCAGUGUUAACUGUUAACCACAUUGCAUUAAUUCCCAGGCGAUUUGGAGCUCUUGGAGAGCCAAGGCUAGUCAAGAGCAUUUACUGUCUGGUGACAACCCCCUUUUAAGCUAAUUUAUCAAAAACCCUUAUUUCUGUCACUUGCUCAUUCCUGCUUUGACCUAUUGCAUUUCAUGUUGAGUUUAUCCCUCAACAUGCUGCACCUGUCAGUCAAGUGAGCAGUUUUGUUUUUUUAGAAUACAUUGUACUGAGAACCACUUAACAUUGAAUGCAGAGAAAGCAGUGCUACCUCAGUUUUGCUGGAAGUAGACUUCUUUGAUAUUUUUCUUUCUUUGAUGAAGUUUCUGUAUUUUCAUGUUUUAAGUGGAAAUACUUUCUUUUUUCAUUUGCCUUGGAGCCAAAGUUUCUGUUCCUGGUGGUCUGAAAACACUGCCAGCCAACCAGCUGACUUGAAAGAAAACUGUGGUAUGGAGCUCUGCUUGAAUUUUUUUUUUAAUUUCUUUUUCUUUGAGUAUCAUCAGCUUACUUGUCUGGCAAGUACAGAAUCCUGGACUCUGCCGCACAAAUAUCAAAGUGUAUUUAAUAGUUAUAUGUGUGCCCUUUCCCUUCUUGCUGCACCCAUGUUGUCACUUAACCCCUAAGAGUUAUUUAUUAUCUCCUUGUUAGUGUCAGGCUCAUUUGGGGUAAUGUGAUGACUGUUUAGGUUUACAUGACCCUCCUUGUCCUUUCCCUCCUCCCAGAUAUGUAUAUAUACAUAUAUAAAAUAUGUAUAUAUUUUACCUAUAUAAAAUAUAUAUGUAUACACACAUAUAUGUAUCUAUAUUCCUUUGAUUCUUUGCCUGCUAAAACUGGCCAUAAAAGAGGGAGCUGCCUUCAAUAUAUAAAGUAUAAGAAGAGUUCCAGGGAACAUCAUAAUGGAGGCUUUCAUAUCUGAAUUUGGACAGUUUUCACUACAAAAGAAUAUGAGUUUGUCCAGCCCUUUCCUCACAGGAAAGGGGCCCAGUUCCUCAGACUCCUCCAUGCACUCGCUCUGCCGGGCCAGCUUUGGCCAAACUGCCACCGGGGCCUGAGGAGCUGAUUCUCAUCCUGUCUCGUUCCAUAGCAAGUCCACUUGUUACUUUUCCAUUUUAAGAUGUAUAUAGAGAGAUGUAUGUAUCGAUAUAUAUAUCUCUAUAUAUACUGUCAAAAAACAACUGGAGGGGUGGGUGGCAGAAGUUUGUACAGUUCAGCUUCCAAUACUUUGGAACAGAUUAAAAAGGGAAUCUUUUAAAUAAAAUUUGUAACUGUUUAUACUCCUGCAUGUCAAGUUACUCUAUCAGAAGCCUUACAGUUCUGGGCUCCCAUCUUUACAAAGAUGAUUAUUUAAGGAUAUUGUCAUAGUUUUUCUAAAACUCGUAUUGACAUGGGGAACAUACCUGGAAUUUGAUUUUUGUUGUUAAUUUUAAACCUGUCAGUUGUUCCGUCUAGCUGGGCAGUUGAAUAACUUUAAAAUCAACCACAGUAGUCUUGUUUUUUUCUAAGACCCAAGGUCCUUGCCUAAGAUUCUCCAGGGCCCCUCAAGUUCUAUGGGUUCAUGUGUGGGUGGGUCCCCACAUAGAGUUCUUAAAAGACACCACCUGUCAUCCAUCCAGUUUGUAACUCCCAGGUUUUCCCAAUUCUGGAAUGCGUAGAGGUUGAAUGAAGGAAAAGUACACAAAAAGAGGCAACGGAGGACCUCAAAAAUUUGAAAUAAAUUCUCCAGCCUAUAAGUUCGUACUCCAUGCAUCAAAUUAGAGUGAGUACAUUUUGGUACUGGAUUUUAACUGCUCGGCUUCCCCACUCUUAAAAGAGCCAUUCAGAAAUUAUUUUUGGUUAUAUUUUUUUAAAGGAUCCAUUUGUUGAGAAGCCAGAAAAAGCAGUCAGACAGGAACUUACUUCCAGGUUUGAGGGCCUGAUACUAAGCAGGGAUCUCAAACUGCAGUAACUCGGGGCCAGUGCUUGACUCUUUCAUAACCACAAAUGCAGUUUUUCUGCAGAGAUCCAAGGUGAGAUGUGUGUAGGGUUUGUAUUUAUACUUCUGGGAAGUGAAAAGCUCCUGUUCCUCUCAACCUUGAGAUGGGUUUACUGCUUAGAAGGUGAACAAGCAGAAAUUCUGUGGAGGAGGCCAAAUGGUUGCCCCUCUGAUAAGCCAGCCCACCUCUCACAUCAGCAUUUUGCCACUUGGGUGAUAUGUGGAGAGGGGCAGGAUAUGAACACCUGCAGCAUCAGAGUGCCUCUAACAAGCUGAGUGAGUAUGUGUUGCAAGAUUACUUAGUUGUGACAAAUGGCUUUGUGAAGUGUGAUUUUUUGAUUUUUUUUUUUAAGCAGUUAAUUCGCGAGCUGGUAUGAAGUAUUACUUCAUUGAAUUGCGCUCCAUCUUUGCCAAAUUUGAAUGUAUCAUUCUUAACCUUAUCUCUUGUAAUGACACUUUGUUAUGCUUUAGUUGGUUGCCUCUGUAGCUCUGCCCUCAUCCUGCCAAAUGUGCCCACUUGUGUAUCUUCUAAUAAGGGAAGAAAACCCCUAGAUAGAGCUGGCUAAAGAUUCAAAUUUCAACCAGACUUACAGGUCCGGAGAAAUACAGUUGAAAUGUGUGAAGCAGCGUUUUCAAUAUUAACAUGUUUAUGACUGGGCCAUACAUGCAUGACUGUCCCACUGGAUGGUUGGUACGACCGAUGAGACUGUCACACAUGUACCACUAGUGGUUCAAGCUGGCAGGAACAUGUUGAACUUCUCAAAGAUGAGUGCAAACCAGCCACUUUGUGGAGGAAGAGAGGAUUAAGGCACACAGUAUUAGUCUGAAACAGUAUUGAUGGCCCUGGCAUCAGAAUUUAGUCCUCAGGUCUGAAGGCUGUAGGGUGUUUGAACCCCCAUAGUUCACUUGAUAGCCUCAUACACUCUGUACUAAUGCCAAGUUAUACUAAACAAUGGUGGGAAGUUACUGGGAUAAAAAUGUCUAAAAGUUUACGAAAUAUGUAUUUGGGACUGUUUGGUUUGCUGUGUUUAUUAGGAUCUUCAGCGCAGCACAGCCUAAAAGUAGACUGAGCUAGACAGUUAAUAAGGACUUGGAGAAAGCUGCUGUUAGGGUUUGUGGUAACUUUGUAUUGUUUUCCCCCUUUAGUUGCUUGCUUUGCUGCUUUUCUUGUGUCUGUUGUAUUUGUUUAAUGACUUGAAUAUCUUGGUAACUGACAAAGGUCUUCCUUGGUAGACUUGAAUUUGAACAUCUUGGUAACUGACAGUCUUCCUUGGAGAACUCUGGCAGUGUUUGUUUAAAUGGCUGCAAGGACUAUUAAAGUUAUUGGAAUAUGUUCAUUGGGACUCAUGUGAGAACAUGACACUGAUUCUACUCCUACUCCCAGUCUCUUUUCUGAGUCAUGUAGCGGGGAGUCCCACCUUCCCCCCUUUAGAGUUCAUUCCCCUGUUAGGCUUAAUCAUAGCAUUUCUGGCCUUGAACUGGGACCAUAUGUCUGUCAGAAUUGGCAAGAUUUCCCCCUUUUUAAAAGAAAAAGUAAACUGAUGCUUUAGGACAUUUGCAGAAGCCAGGAGGGUUGGAAUAGCUUUGAGAAAACAUCAAGUUCUGCUUCUAAUUCAGGUGCCAGGGUAUCACAUUCUCCCUUUCUUCUUUGAAAGCCAGUCUGCUCUCAUGGGUACCUACUUUCACCACAUACUAUCCUUUCCUGCUACUUUCAAAUCUUGGAUAUUGCCAAAGGAAGCCAUUCAGCAGCUGCUGCCCCCUCCCCACCAACACGUACAUUUACUCUGGAAGAAGUGUCUUCCCUUUGACCUAGGUUCCCAGCCCUUAUUCUGUGGUUAACUGCUUUUACCUGUUGCACUAAUGAGUAUGAGUCUAGGUUUUAAAGAGGGAAUUUGAAGCAAUAGGCAUAUGGGGCUUGGAUGGAUUGGUCCUGCAUAUAUCCUGCCUUAAGCCGCUGAGGUGAUGAGUCCACUGCUCAUGUGACCCUCCACCUUUGUGGAUCCCUCUUAGUUUGUGAUCAGUGUGUAUUUCAUGAGAUUGUACAAACUUGACAAAAGUUAAUACUUUGGUUUAUAUUCGCUGCACUGUUGCACUCUGCAAAUGGCCCCUUGAAUAUUUUUAUUAACUUGUUACAUUUGUCUUUGAUGUCUGCAUUUUUCUUCUGAUGUCUUUUUUUAUUUGGAAGAUUACCUGCUGUUGGAUUUAAUAAAUUUGUUUACCUGACUAUU